UCGAGCAUCACUCACAAGGUCACUCACCAUGGCCGCCCCAGACAGUCUCGUUUUCCCAGAAUCAGACCGGGUCUUCCUAGAACCUCAUCUCCCACCAGCCGACCACUCCCACCAUGCAACCACGGACCCCAGACUCCCCUUCACUACCCUCACAUUCGCUACCUCCCUGGACUCAUCCCUAGCGCUCUCCCCCGGCACCCGGACCGUGCUCUCCGGACCGCAGUCCAAAGCCAUGACCCAUUAUCUACGCUCCCGGCACGAUGCCAUCCUGGUGGGCGUAGGCACCGCCGUGGCCGACAACCCAGGCCUAAACUGCCGAUUGGCAGGGGUUGGCGGAUACGGCGCCGAGGGCCUGACCGGUCAACCCCGACCCAUCAUCAUCGACCCGUCCGCGCGAUGGGACUUCACGGAAGAGUCGAAGAUCUUCGAGCUGGCACGGAAUGGACGCGGGCGGGCACCGUUUAUCGUCACUGCCGCGGAGACGGUUCCUUCUCCGGUCCAGAAGGAGGUGCUUGAGCGGCAUGGGGGGAAGUUCAUUGCUCUGCCGGUCGGGACGGAGGAUGGGGGGCACCGGAUUGAUUGGACGGCGCUGCUGGACUGUCUUGCGAGGGAAGGCUUGGAAAGCGUGAUGAUUGAGGGUGGGGGGUCGGUCAUUAAUUCUUUGCUUGAGCCGACGGGCCAGGCCUUGGUUGAUUCGGUGAUUGUCACGAUCGCGCCGACGUGGUUGGGGCGCGGGGGCGUGGUGGUGUCGCCGCGGAGGAGGGUCGAGGAUGGGGUUGUGGUGCCGGCAUCGCGGUUGACGGGCGUCAAGUGGUAUCCCUUUGGGGAGGAUGUGGUUCUUUGUGGGAGGAUCAAGGGGGAAUAGGGCAGGUCAAGGUGGUGUUUGAGAGGAGAUCUUGUAGGGAGUAGGGAGUAGGGAGUAGCCGCUCUGGAGUCGCACGAAGACAACUUUGAAGAGUGCGGCUCAACGUUGCUGCAUCUCUUUACGAAAAUGCGCAUGUUCCAACAGGCCAUCGGCGCGUUGCAAAACGAGGACAAACCGAAUAUCGCCAAAGCCUUGCCCAGGCACGUCUACUGAAGACUUUAAAGAAAGAGUUUGAUUAAUUCUUA